GAGAGACUGAGCUACUGGGCUGAGGGGCUGGGGACCAUGGUCUCAGGGAAUAUCUAGCUCAACAGACAUAACAUAGUCUAUAGAGAAAAUAUUGUACAUCCAACUGUGGUGACGCUUGCAAGCAGGCAUCUAAAAUAUAUCUACUGGUCAUUCUGUUUGGAGCAAAGGAGAAUGAAGAGAACCAAAGGCACAAGGGGAAGAUUAGUCCGAAGGACUAAUGGACCACAACAACCACAGCAUCCACCAGACUGAGCCCAGGACAACUAGACAGUGCCCAGUUACCACCACCAACUGCUCUGGCAGGGGUCACAAUAGAAGGUCCCAGACAGAGAGGGAGAAAAAUGUAGAACAGACUUCAAAUUCACACACACACACACACACACACACACAGAAACCUGGCUUGUUGGUCUCACAGAGACUGAAGAAACCAUAAAAGUAUGGCUCCUGGACACCUUUUAAAGUCCAACACUGAAGUCACCCCUGAGAUUCACCCUUCAGCCAAAGAUUGGACAGGUCUAUGCGGCCAAAAAUAACACACAUGAGUGACGUACUUCGUAUUGCAAUCAUAAAUACAGGACUAGUGGGCACACUUGUUCAAAAGCAAAGAAGAGAAAACAGGAUGGGACAGAAAAAUUGGACAAAUGGAAACAGAGGCUAAGGUAAAGAAAGGGAGAGUGUUGACAUAGUACAGGGUUGGCAACAAAUGUCACAAAGAACUUGUGCAUUAACUGUUUAAUGAGAAACUAAUUUGCUCUGAAAGCUUUCACCUAAAUCACAACCAAAAAAAGAAAAAAAGGUUGAUAAAAACAUUAUUUAUAAUAGCUAAAAACUGGCAGCAACCCAAAAUUUCCUUCUGUGGGUGAAUGGUUAUGUAAACUGUAAUAAAUAGAUACAUGAUACAAUACUCUACAAUAAAAUGAACAAAUUAUUAAUACACACAACAGCAUGGAUGGACCUUAGUAGAGUCAUGUGAAGUGAAAAAAGUCUAUCUCAAAAUGUUGUUGCUUUCUGCCAUUGAGUUGACUUUAACUUAUGACAACCUUAUGUAUAACAGAACAAAAUGAUGCCCAGUCCUGGGCUAUCCUCAAAAUCACUGGUAUGAUUGAGUCCACUGCUGCAGCCAAUGUGGAAAUCCAUGUCACAGAGGGCUCACAUUCUCUUUGGCCCUUUACUUCACCAAAUAUGAUGUCCUCCUCCAGAAAAUGGUCUUUCCUGAUGACAUGUCCAACGCAAGAAGAUCGGACAAUGUUCUGUUGGAGACAACAAGAUAUUUACCAUUAAAAAAUUUUUGGUUCGUUAGGUACCAUGGAGUGGAUUGUGACUCAUAGUGACCUAUAGGACAGAGUAGAAAUGCCCCAUAGGGUUGCCUAGGCUGUUAUGAAUGCAGAUGGCAAGUUCUUUUUUCUCCAGAAUGGCUUGUGGGUUAAAACUGUGAACCUUUUGGUUAGCAGUGAAUUUUUAAACAUUGCAAUACCGGUGUUCCUUCCAUUAAAGAAUAGACAAGUAAAAAAAAAUACACACAUACAUAUACAUAUCAUUACAUAUCACAAAUAAGCAAAAAAAAAAGUCACAAAUGUUUACAUUACAAAUAUUUAAAAUGGCAAAAUGCAUCAAAAAGAUUUAUAGCAUAAUACAUAUAUAUUCAUAAUAAAACAUUACACACAAAAUACCACACUUUACAAGGUGUGAUGGUUAAGGUUGUGUGUCAACUUGUCUUGGCCAUCAUUCUCAGUGGUUUGGCAGUCCAAAGAUGUUGUGAUCACUUCCAUGAUGAGGUUCGAUAUAAUGUGGUUACCUCCAUGAUAGACUCUGCUCUGAGUAGCAAGUCAGUUGAAAGGAAGUUUCCUUGGGUGUGUGGUCUGAAUUGAAUAUAAGCAGACAUUCUGGCAAGGUUCAUUUGCUAUUGCUCACUUUGGGUCCUGUAGCUGGCUCCUGUUCAUCUGACCUCUGGUUCUUGGGAAUUGAGCCAGCAGCUUGCCUUCAGUAUUGCCUGCUGAUUUGGGGAUUCUUGGAUCUUCCCAGCCAGUGAGCAAGAGCCCUGCUGUUUGACCUGUAGAUGUUGGGUCAUCCAGCCCUUGCAGCUGCAUGAAUCAGGAGAAGCCUGUAUCCUGAUCUCGGGACUUGGGAUGUUCCAGCUUCAAUAUCCCUGUGAGCCAUUUCCUUGAUGUAAAUCUCUGUAUACACAUAUUUAUAUGCUUUACUGGUUUUGCUCCUCUAGAGAACCCAGCCUAAGACACAAGUGUAUAUUGACAUGGUACAGCAUAUGUCAAGCACAGCUGAAUAUGUGUGAAGGCAAGAAAGAUGUUUUGGGAUGAGGAUUGAACAGAAUGGAAAAGCAUACAAUAUUGAGAUGUAAUAAAGGAAGCAAAAAACCUAAACAGACAGAUGAUGGCAAUUGAUCAUCAAAUGAGAAGCAAGGGUAACAUUUCUGUUCUUUAGGUCAAAACAAAAUUAACAAACAAAAAAUAACUUGAAAAUAGCAAUAACAGCAACAAUAAUAAAAAUAGUAAGAGCAAACUAGGAAGUGAUACCUCACAUAUGCACAAUGCAAUAGUUUUAUUCCAUUUAAGUCUUUUAAAUAAUGUGAUAAGACAGUGUUUAAGCACUUCUUCGUUUUGUCAUCCGUUUGAAGAAACCACUGUAGAAAUAGAGAAUGUUGAUAGGUCUGUUAUACAGAUACGAUAUUUUAAUCCCGAUCCCCAUGUGGUAAAAAUGGAACGUUAACAAAGAGUAAAACAAAGGACUAUAUGAAACAGAUAAACAUAGACAUGCAUACACACUCUAUGAGUAAAAAUUUGGUCACUGGUGAAUACAAAAUAUACUGGACAAUUAACAAACGAAGGCCAGGUAUUUUGUUAAGCUUUCAAAUGCCUCAGGAACAAUCAGCAAAUUGUUUGGCAUCUCCUCAGGGAGGAUCUCCAUGGGUAAAAAAAAAAAAAAAAUCCAUAAAUUCUUCUCCCUCUGCCGUUUUAAGAAACACUUGGGAGAGGAGUCAAGACAGAGGCUUCAUUGCAGGUAAAAAGACUGUUUCCGUAUUUUACCAGUAUCCAGAAUGUUUCAUUGACCCUUGCAGGGUCCCACCUUUAUCCAAUGGCAAAGUCAUUGCAAAAUAUUAGGAUUUCUGAUUCAGUUCUGUGUGCGUUAUACUUUUCAAUAGUGCCUGAAGCUAGGAUCUCUCUCCAAUUUUUUGACAUAAUUUUUUUUUCAAAUCUUCACACUCUAUUUCAGAGGCUAAAUGCUAAGAAGCAUUUUGAAACAUUAUCAUUCCAUGUCUAAAUAUUUUUACUUCAUAUAAGUAGUUAUCUGAAUAAAGUUAACAGAAAAAAACAAAGUCCUGGAGUCAGUUUUGCCUCAUAACUGCCCCCUGGGUAUCAGAGACCCGUGCUCCACAGGUUUUUCAAUGGCUGUGACCUUCCAGAAGUAGAUCUUUCUUUCUUCAAGGUGCCUCUGAGUGGACUCGACCCACCAGCCUUUCAGUCUGUAGCUGAGUGCUUAAGUGUUUUUGCCACCCAGGUGGCCUAAUUAUGUGAAUAAUAGAGCUCCAAUAUGAAAGUAAAGGAAGCAUAUACAGUAUUAAAAAUACUGCAGCAGAAUUAUGAAGCUGCAGGUAUUCAGUUUCUAGCAUUGGUGUUCUUCAAAAUCCUCAGUUAUAAGCUGCCUCUAGGCUCUUAUGUACCUCUCAAGUGUAAUUUAAUAUUUAAUGCAUAUUUAGAUAACAGUACAAAUGUCCAUUUUUCCUAAUCUCUUGAUGAAGAAACAAAUAAAUUUCCAUCUCACACCUCGUGUUGAGAAGUGAAAAGCAAUUUUUGGAGUUUAGGAAACUUUUAAUUACCUAGUUUUUUUUUUUAUGGUGAUAGUAUAAUAUAUACCAUAUUCUUCAAUUUCCAGUAGAAUCUGGCAGGAAGAAGACAUAAUUUUUUCAAAGAGCAUAGCUGUGUAAAAUGAAUUAAAUGCUCAACAAAUACAGUAAACUAUGGAAAAUAAUUUGGUGCUCUCCGUGGAACUCCAAAGCCGAUGGGAGGAAGUCCUCUUAUCUCCUCUUAACUUAUAGGAAAAGCAGCACUUACCAAUAUAAGUAUUUUUGUUCUUCAGCCUUUCAUCAUUGCAACUCGACAAGAUUUACAUUGCUUUUAUUGUAUUCAUUGAAGAUAGUUGAUUUCCUAAUUAUAAUAUCUACUAAUACCCAAUUCAGUACCUCUUAAAAAAAAUUUUUAGUGUGCUUUAAGUGAAAGUUUACACAGCAAAUUAAUUUUCCAAUCAGAAACUCUUACCAAAAACUGUGUCCGCACUCUUCUCAUUUCCUUCCUGGCUCCCUGUUUCCAUUAGUCAGGUUUCCCUGUCCCUCCCUGACUACUUGCCCUUUUGGUCUCCUGUAGUUGAUCGAAGUUAUUGUUUAGCAGCCCCGUCUGUUAUUGGCCUGAAAGGUGGCCACCAGGGGUGUCUGUAGUUUCACAUUAGAAGAUUGUCUUAAGAAAAUAGUCUCAGGGGUUUCUCCAGCCUCUUUCAAACAAGUAAAUCUGGUCUUUUUUGUUUAUUUAUUUUUGAAUUUGAAUUUUUUUUUUACAUUUUUUCCCCCAUUUUGCUCCAGGCUUUCUAUUGUGAUCCUGGUCAGAGUGGUACCAUCUAGUCCUUCUGGUCUCAGGUUAGAGGAGGCUGUGGUUCAUGUGGGCCAUAUGUCCUUUGGACUAAUUACUUCCUUUAGUCUUUGGUUUUCUUCGUUCUCCUUUGUUCUAGGUGGAAAGAGGCCAAUAGUUUUUUUUUUUUUUUCUGACAUAAGCAAUGUGUGUACAGGGUCACAACCUUGUAAGCAAUGUUUUAAAUGAGAUAGUGUAUUUCCUGUGCAACCAUUUUAUUAUUUAAUAUGAUACUAUUGUAUUUUUCUAUUUGUUUGGUUAUUCUUGAUUCAGAGGCUGCUGGUAGUGCUAUUUUCAUGUAAGUAGUAUCAUUUCAAACCUUUCGUUCUUUUACCUUAAACUGCCAUCCUCAUCCUUCUCUGGCAUUUUUUUUUUUUAAUCUGUGGCUUAUUAGGGAUACAUAUAUACAUUUUAAUUUAAAUAUACAUGUGUUUAUAUGCAUUAUGUACUAUAUAAUAGCUUAAACUAGAGGAUUUCUUUAUCCAAAUGGAAUUUUUAAAUGAAAUUUUGUUAUAUAAAAUCAGUGACAUGGACCUUACUUUCUCCCAAUUUGUUCAAAUUUUCUCUCACUGUCUUAGAUUCUUCCAUGAGAAACUAUAUCUCAUUUGUUACAAACAAUUUAGUAUAUUAGUUAUAAUGAAAAUGCUCCUAGGUUAGGACAUAUUUUAAGUAAAUUUAUAUUCAAAUGCACUGCUGACUCAAAAGUGACCCCAUAGCUGUAAAUAGGCUAUAAAUCUCUAUGGAAGCAGACUGCCACAUCUUUCUCCCAUGGAGCCACUGGUGGUUUUGAACCGCUGACCUUUAGGUUAGCAGUCCAUCAACUUAUAUUAAAAUGUAUUAAGAAGAUGUAUCAUCCAGAAGAUUGGCACAUCGAUGGUCCAAUUUUAGUCAUGGAGUUGAGGAUGCAGGAGGGAAGGGCUGGGCUCAGUUACAUGGAUAACAAACUACUCAACCUACUUAUCAUCAUAACCCUGACAUAGAAGCUAGAUCACAGUAGGAGAAUUUGCAUAUGCAUAUGUAAAGAAAACACCUUUCAGGUAACUUACUGUCAUCAUUUGUCAUUUAAAAAAAAAAACAUCACUAUAUACUUGAUAUUUGAGACUUAUGUCCUGAUAUCUUAAAUGCAUUGAAACAUUUAAUCCUCAUUUUUUUUUCCAGCAACACUGAAGGGAAGUGGUCAUUUUGCACUUGUGAAUAAAGAAAUUAAGGUAUCUUUUUUUUUUUUUAUUCUAUAACCCACAAAGCCAAAACCAAACCCAUUGCCACUGAGUUGAUUCCAACUCAUAGUGACCCUAUAGGACAGAGUAAAACUGCCCCAAAGAGUUUCCAAAGAGUACCUGGUGGAUUUGAACUGCCGCUCUUUUGGUUAGCAGUCGUAGCACUUGACCACUAUGCCACAAACUUUUCUAUUACCCACAAGCUGAGGUAUAAAAAAGACUAUAUCUGUAUGGGUCUACCACCUGGAAUAAUUUCCUGUAUAAAGACAGACUAUCCCCACCACGAUCUAUUAGAUUUUCCUUGUGUUCAAUACUUGUCAAGUAUGUUGUUUCCGACUGUACCACCUGUGGCACAAGGGCUUUUACAGGACUAUGUUUUGAAGUAAGGGAUACUAAAUGUUUCCACACAUUCUGGGAAUUUGCAUUUUGAAAUGUUUUUAAUGAAGUUAACAUACAUAUUAUAAUUUUAUACAUGUCAUUAUGUAAUUGUCAGUAUUGUAAAUGAAAAAAGAAAGUUUUGUAACCACCCAUAUACCUAACACAUCUAAAAUUUUUUACUUUUUUUAUUUUUGCUUCAUAUAUCUAUAUGUAAAAAAAGAAAACCUGUUGCCAUCGAGUUGAUUCUGACUCAUAGAGACCUUAUAGGACAGAGUAGAACUGCCCAAUAGGUUUUCUAAGGAGCAGCUAGUAGAUUCAAAAAGCUGACUUUGUGGUUAUCAGCCAAGCUCUUAACCACUGCUCCACCAGGAAUCCCAUCAAGGUAUAUGUAUAUGUACAUCUACAUCUACGUGUACACGUACACAUAUGCCUUCACCUACAUCUUUAUCUGUGUCUAUCUCUAUCUCUAUGUCUGUAUCAGGGCUUUUCAACUUCCGCCAUAGUGACAUUUUGGACUGGAAAUUUUGUUAUUGUGUGGGGUUACUCUGUAUAUAGUAGAAUUUUUAAUAACAUCCCAGGCCUCCAUUAGAUACCAGUAGUACCCUUCUCCUAGUACUGACACCCAAAAUGUCCUAGGCAUUGACAAAUGUUCCAUGGGCAGCAAAUUUUCCUCAAUUGAUAACAAGUUAGAUUUUUCUUUCUUUCCCUCUAUCUUUUUUUCUUUCUUCAUGUACCUAUACUUUACUUGUGGGAGGCGGGUUUACUUUCAAAAACCUGUAUUGGAAGUUUGGAUUUAUCUUAUUCAUUUAGCAUAUUGCCUUUGUAUACUAAAAAUCUACCAGAUGAUGCUACAUAAAACCGAUUGACUACGCUGAUAUCUCUAUCCAGAACAGGUUUCCUGAUAGACCAAGAUGGAAAAGCAAAAUCUAACAAUGCUAAAUGAAUUCCUUCUGAUGGGAAUCACAGAUCACCCUGGGCUCCAGGCUCCGUUGUUCGGGCUGUUCCUCAUCAUCUACACGAUCUCAGUGGUGGGCAACUCAGGCAUGAUCAUCCUCACCAAGACAGACUCCAAGCUACAAACACCCAUGUACUUUUUUCUCAGACACCUGGCUAUCACUGAUCUUGGUUAUUCAACAGCUGUGGGACCCAAAAUGCUAGUCAAUUUUAUUGUGGAUGAAAACACUAUCUCCUAUUAUUUUUGUGCUACACAGCUAGCUUUCUUUAUUGUGUUCAUAACUAGUGAACUUUUUCUUCUGUCAGCAAUGUCUUAUGACCGCUUUGUGGCUAUCUGUAACCCUCUGCUCUACACAGUCAUCAUGUCACAAAGGACUUGUUGGGUGCUGGUGGCAAUACCCUAUCUCUACAGCACAUUUGUUUCUCUUCUGGUCACCAUAAAGAUUUUUAAUUUAUCCUUCUGCGGCUACAAUAUCAUCAAUCAUUUCUACUGUGACAAUCUCUUCUUGUUAUCCUUGCUCUGCUCAAACACACAUGAAAUUGAAUUGAUCAAUCUCAUCUUAGCAUCUUUUGAUUUGAUUUCAUCUCUUCUAACAGUUCUUGUUUCUUACCUACUCGUUUUUGUAGCCAUUCUCAGGAUGAAGUCAGCUGAGGGCAGGCACAAGGCUUUCUCCACCUGUGGAUCCCAUCUGACAGUGGUGGUAGUGUUCUAUGGGACUUUAAUCUUUAUGUACAUGCAGCCCAAGUCCAGUCAUUCCUUUGACACUGAUAAAGUGGCUUCCAUAUUUUACACCCUGGUUAUCCCCAUGUUGAAUCCCUUGAUUUAUAGCUUGAGGAACAAAGAUGUAAAAUGUGCCCUACAUAGGACAUGGAAAAAAAUACGCAAUGUAUUUUCUAGAGUUUGAUGCAGCAUAUGAUUCCUACAAAUUACACCAUGAACUCAAACCUUGUCUGUGUGCCUCCAUAGGGAACAGUGAGCACAAAUAUAUUCAACAUAUAUUUAUAAAUUGCCUUCUACAUGCUAGUCACUCUUCUAAGUGCAUUGAUGAACAAAAGAGUACAAACUGGUACCUUUCUUGAAGGAAAGAGAUGGAUCACAAACAAUAAUUAAGAACAAUCUAUAGUACAGUAGAAUGUGUUAGGACCCUUGUGGUGCAGCAGUUAAAUUGCUUGACUGCUAACUGGAACGUCAGUGUUUCAAAAAACCAGUUGCUUCUUGGGAGAAAAUUGAAGCAAUCUGCUUCCAUAAAGAUUUUCAGCCUUGGAAACCCUAUGGGACAGUUCUAUUCUGUCCUAUAAUGUUGCUAUGAGUCAUAAUUGACUCAACAGCAGUGCAUUUGGUUUUUUUGAUAAUGUGUUAAAAAAUACCAAACCCAUUGUCCUUGAGUCGAUUACUACUCACAGCAACCCUGUAAGACAGAGUAGAACUGCCCCAUAGGGUUUUCAAGGAGUGGGCAGUGGAUUUGAAUUGCCGACCUUUUGGUUAGCAGCCAAGCUCUUAACCACUGCACCACUAGGGCUCCAGGAGAAUGUGUUGGGAAUCAUGAAAUUAGGCAAGGAGAGUGGAUAUGCUGAGUGGAAGUGGGAAAAAGUACUAGGUACAAAAGUGGAGAUACAAAGAUUCUGGUGUUUUUUUUUUUCAAUUAUUAAACUUUUCAGUGUCAGCACUUGUGUUUAUGUAUGUGUGUGUGUUUGUAAGCCUUUGCCUUCUGUUUUAGUCUUCAAAGUCUUCUGAAGGCUGCAUUAGAUUAGGGCCAGGUUGCGAGGAGUCUCAGAGUAUAUGGCGAUUUAAAGUACUCAGUUGCAUGAAUUGCUUAAAUGCCCCCAUUGCAGAUCUUGGAGUUCUACCCUUUACCCAUUAAUGCCUUUACUUUCACAUGUAAAUCUGUUUACUCAACAUACCUUGAAAUUUUUGCAGUUCAAAAGUUCAGCUCUGCAUCUGACUUGUUUUUGCCUAGAUCAGAAUAUACACCAGUUAAGAUAAAUUUCUUGAGGCCAACCAUAGAGGCUCCCAGGUUUGAAAUCCAUCCCCUGCUGGUUGUUCUUUCUUAAUAAUUAUCUUUUUUUGUUUAAUGGAUGAUCCUUUCUUAUCUAUAUCAACAACUUUUUAAGUUGUUUGUUCAAUUACUUUCUGUGUAUCUCCUUGGGUAACAGGAUAGUCUAUGACGAGUUAAGUUUGCUGCCUCUCUUUCAUUGGUUUGGCUUUCCUAAACUUUGGUAAAUAUUUAUUAUGAAUUUUAUUUGCAUUGACUUUUGUCCACCCUACUUGUGAGCGACAAAAUGAGAUAAUCCCAUGGUUUGUGCUUACCUGUAUUUCUAAUUCAAGUAAGACCUUUUAUGUGGUAAGGAUAUAGUUAUCUAGUUUUACGGACAUAGCUGCAGCAUGUUAAAACCCACUGCCGUCGAGUUGAUUCCGAUGCUCCUUAAUUUUUUCCAUGUAUUUUUGUUUAUUGUUAUUAUUUUAAAAUUUCUAGUAUUUUUUUGAAACUUCAAAAGUCUAAAUUAUUUUCUUGGCACAUGAUCAUGAAAUAAAAUUCUCCGUGUAGCCAAUGAAACUUGAAUAAAAAUAGUCCAUUGGAAUAUAAAAAGGUGCACGGUUUAUUGUCAUGUGAGCAUAAAUAGUUUAAAAAUGUUAAAGUACUUAGAAGGCUAUGAAGGUCAUGAGCACUAAACCAAACAAAACCCCGUUGCCAUCGAGUGGAUUCUGCCUCAUAGCAACCCUAUAGAACAGAGUAGAACUGCCCCUAUAGGGUUUCCAGUGAGCAGCUGGUGGGUUUGAACUGCUGACCUUUCGGUUAGCAGCAGAGUUCUCAACCACCACGCCAAUAGGG